AAUUACGGUCCGACUAAUCAGCUGUUUUUUUUAGUUUUAAUCUCUUAUCUUUGAUUUUUCUACCAACUUUUUGUUAUUAUGUUGAAAAGUAGCAAUAUAAAUAGUGUUCUUAAUGAGCUCGCUGACCAGACACCAAGGGAUCAGAAGGCCCAGUCCUCCAACAACGGAAACCCAAAACAAGAUGCGGAGACCUGUUGCUCCUCCAAGGACCAGGAUGUUAUGGGCAGUCUAGCCGCCUUACAAUUGUCUGCAGGGGUCCUUCAAAUAGCGGAACCUCCUCUAGUACAUGUGCGCUCCCAGCUCAGGGAAUUGAUUGGAAGGCAGAACAAAAUAUACAUAGAUGUGUCUAAGGAGAAAUACAAACUGGACUGCAGCGAAAUUGCCAGACUGAACGACAUGAUGAGCGAUGUAAAGCGGUACAAAGAUAAACUAACAAAGAUCAAGAAGGAAAUGCAGGGUAUCUACCAGCGAACCAAAGAGUUGAAGUGCUGAUUACAGAAACGCGCCGCUAACGUGGCCGCUUGCAAGCAGCGCGACUACCAGCGAAAGCUCGAGAGGCUACAGCAAGAGGAGUCGCUCAUCGGUGGCCAUUAGGAGCACUCAAUCGGUUAACACCUAACCAGGUGGGUCUCGGAUUUUACAAGCUCUACACCUCGUUAAGGCGCAUUUACAUUGGGAUUCCCGUUAACAACUAGCUAACAACUUAACACAGAUAACAGUUGAACAAAAGUUAAACCAUUUGGAUACAUAGUAAUAAUAAUAAUUGUAUAUGUUAUGAGAGCUGCCUAUCGUAUGGCUGCGAUAAGUCGGAAACAUAUUGUAUAUUCUGUAUAGUUAAGUAAAUACUUAAGAGAUUUCGCAGAAAAAGGAGCUACAUGCACUACGAUACACUUAGCUACAAAUAUUAUCUAUAAAUAUACAAAUUUGUUAAACAUUAAGAUGGUGUGGAGAAACAAUAGUUAAACAAUCACAGCGCCAAGGCAGCUUAUUUAAACUAAAAUUUACGCUGAACAUUGUUUUGUAACUACUUGAACAUGCAAACAACCAGCUGCGAUUGGAAUUCUACAAAUAAUUAAGUUCUCACAUCGAUUUCAAAGGUAAAUGAGGAAGGUUUCGCUUACGCGGCAUGCACGUAGGUGGCGAUCUGUGGAAGUGUGUGGGGUUACUAAAAUAAGUUACUACUUAAUUAAAGCACGUUUACAAUACAGGUAGUACAUCGAUUGAACAUGCAGCUUCGAGAGUAGAAAGAUGUUCGAGUGGAGCAUUCAGUUGAACAGUAGAAGCGGGGCCUCUUCGUGUCGCUGUUGCUGGUUCGUUGGUGAUUGGUGUUGUGGGUGUGAUGCGGUCAAAACAAAGAUCGCUUAGCUAACUCUAGUAUACUCCUGGUCAUUCAGCAUGUGCAUUGCAUCUGUCGGUGCGAAAUACUUGACAGUGCCUAAAAAUAUUCAGAAAAGUUAGUGAAACGUUUAUAAAUAUUUAGCAAAAUCAAUAAAAUAAACUGGUUUCUAAGGUGGGCAGUUACUAUUAACCUUAUCCUAUAAUACUACAUUACUACAUUUUAAAAGUUUACAUAGAAAAGUUUGUUAUCACAAAAACAAAGAGGUUACAUUAGUUUGUUUUUAUAAAAUUAAUUUAGCUCGUUUAUUUCCCACUUCAAUAAACGCAUUCUAUUGAAAUAAUUGUUCGGUAUUCGGUAAUAAAUAGAAGUCUAGGCAGUUUUUCUCCGCUUCUGUAGAGAAUAUGAACACACAUUUUAUUUGUUCAAUUUCAGAUCACAUACAUUUAAAAUGAAAAGAAAUAUGAUAAGAUUAUCAUAAAAUCGGUCAUAUGUUACAAAACUUACUUAAUCUGGCGAUAGUAUUUUAAAUUCAUUUUGAGCCUUUUAUGUCUGUUAUCAGUAGUUAAUCGUCAAACAGUCUAAAAUAAAAUCUUAGGCAAGUCUUACAAA